GCGAAAUAUCUGUAGGAAGGGGUAAUUCGAACGACAUCAUUGUAAAAGAUCAGGAAAUUGCCAAACGACACGCAAGAAUUAUUGUAAAUUAUCAGGGACAAGUCGAAAUUAAAGAAUUAGGUUCAGAUUAUGGGAUUUUUGUUAAUGGCGAAAAACUUGGAUUUCGUACCUCCCGUCUUUUAAUAAGAGAUGACGUGAUUUCAAUGGGACGUAGCGAAUUUCAAUAUCUUCCCACUGGAGAAUAUAAAAAUCAUUUUAAAAGUAUCAAUGAUCAAAAUGAUCAUAUGGCUGGAGAUUACGCUUUAAAAGAGUUAGCUACAUUAAUUCAAAAUAAUAAUGUUCGUUCUGAAGAUAUUUUUGCGAGAUAUGGUGGAGAUGAGUUUACUCUUCUUCUCAAAGAUACUAAUAAAAUGUUGGCCUUUGAAAUUGCAGAAAAAAUUCGAGAUUCUGUUGAAACCCAUUCGUUUAUUUAUAAUAAAAUCAAAUUAUCAGUUACACUUAGCAUUGGAGUUUCUGAAAUGAAUUCGUCAGUAAAAACUUGUAACGACUUACUCCUUCAUGCAGACAACGCCUCGAAAAAAGCUAAAGAAUGUGGCCGCAAUCGAAUAAUAAUAUGGAGCGAUGAACCAAAUUCAACACUUGAGAAUGAAAAUCGUCUAAGUGAAUCACCUAAUAAAUCUACAGAAAAUGGAAAUAAUAAUUAUAAAGAAUUAUUUUGUACUUCUUCCUCAGCAAUGAGUGAUUCUUUUUCUCCAACAGUAGAUGCUUCCUUUUCCUCAUCUUUUUCCUCAACAAUGGAUGAUGAAAUUGGCAUUACAAUGGUUAAAUCAGAUUUAGAAAAUAAAAGGACAGAAUGUUAUAUGUAUUUUCCUAGAAAGGAAACCCUCGAUUUUAUUCGAACUAAACUUGAAGAAUAUGAUUUUCACAUGGGAACUAAUUGUCAUUUUACAGUAAAAAAUGGGGCCCUAAUUUUACGAAAAGACGAGUCUAAAUUAAAUAUUUUACGAAUUAUCGAAACUCGUGAUAAUGAUACCCAUUGUUUAUAUAUUAAAGAAAGAGCAGAAUUUGAUUUGUUACAGUUAAAAUAUGAGAAAGGUUUCAAAUUUGGUACAGAUGGUUCUAUUGGAAAUGCUAGUUAUAAAGCUUUUGAAAUUGAUAUCAAUAAAAUUGAAUUUUCGGAUCCAGGAUUUGUUCGUGAAGAAAAAGAAUACAAAUGUA